AUGCAUGUGCAAACACUACUGGAGACCGGCUUUCAACAAAGUGUCUUUGGUCUAUUGAUUACCCAUGGGAUUACUCGAAACCGUCUCCUCCACAGAAGGAAGAUAUAUAGAUUUGCGGAAGAACUCUGCCGCCCGAGAAGCUUGAGCUUGAAAGCGGUAUCGUACACACUUAUCUUUAUUCUCGUAAACAAAAACCGGGAGAAGGUUCCAGCGGAAAGCCAGGGUAGUUUAACAAAGGAGGCUACCCUUAUGAACGAGAGUAGGUCUAAUUCCGGUCUGGAGCUGAAUCAAGAAUUAUUCAUGCUAAGACAACGGAGUGGGGGCUCUUCCUUUGGUCGUCUCCUUGAGAUAGUUUGCCCUCUCCUUUCAGUCGAGCUACUUCGUUACCCUCUCCUCUCCUCUCUUGUGUCGAUUGUUCUGCUAGCUCCUCUUUGGACCGCCAUCAGAAAGGAAUCGGGUAAGUAA